CUGUCCACCAUCUCGGGCCACUUCCGGCGCGUCACGGACAACGCCGCCGACUUCAUCGACAAGGGCGUCGACAAGGCGUCCGAGGCCGUCCGCGAGCGCCUGGCCACCGUCGACUGGCUGCCCGACAUUACGCUGGCGCUCGACAUGGAGAGGCGCGGCUUCAUCGUCUUCAUCGUGUGCAAUGCGGUCGAGGACGAGGCCGCCGUCAAGUCCCUGUCUCGCGCAGACAUCCUGCCCCUCACCAUUGAUACCACCAACCCUCCCAAUGCCGGACUGGCCAUCGAGCGUUUCGCCCACUUCCUCACAUCUCCCCGAGCGCCCGGCCCCAACAUCAAGCCCAACCAGCUGACGCUCAAGUCCGUCUUCCUCAUCCCCAGCCUCCACUACCAGACGUCUCCCAUCGCCACUAUCCCGCCAUCAGCCUUUGCCGACCUCUUCAACACGCACCUGCUGCAGCCCAUCCUCACCAUCCAGACCUUCCUCCCGCUGCUCACGUCGAGGCUCAACCCCGUCGGCGAGAAAUGGGUCCCUCCCAAGGUCCUCGUCUUCACCCCGUCCAUCAUCUCCUCCAUCAACCCGCCCUUCCACGCCCCCGAGGCCACCGUCUGCUCCGCCCUGUCGGCCUUCACCGAGGUCCUGACGGCCGAACUGCGCCCGCUCGACAUCCCCGUGACCCACAUGCAGCUCGGCACCUUUGACUUCUCCGGCUUCGUGCCCAUCCGCACCGGCUCGCCGACCCAGGGCCUGGUUACCAACGCCGGCAACCCCGAGGACACGCUGGUCUGGCCCGACGGCGCCCGGCACGUCUACGGACGCAACUUUGUCGCCCAGACGGCGUCGGCCAUCUCCGGCGCCCGCAUCCGCGGCCUCAAGGGCAGCUCCCUCCGCCACCUCCACGCCACCGUUUUUGAUGUCAUCGACGGCUCCAUCAAGGCCGACACUGUCCGCAUCGGCCUCGGCGCCAGCAUCUACGGCUUCGUCGGCCGGUGGGCCCCGCGGAGCCUCGUCUCGUGGAUGAUGGGCAUCCGCAAGGUAGACGAGCUGUCCACCUGGAAGACGAGCUCGUACGAGGGCUCCGAGGACGGCAGCGACGACGGCGAGGACGGCCCGGAGGGAUCCAUCUCCGAGAGCAAGGAGUUUAUCGCCGUCCAGUCCGAUGAUAAUGUCUGGGGCUCGGGCGAGACGGCCAAGUGGGAGCAGCCUCCUGUCGAUGCUCCUGCUCCUUAA